UGUGUCCCGCCGGACGCCGAACGCCCCGACACGACGCGGAGCCUCAGCGGUUCGGGGCGGGGUCUGUACGCUGCGGUUCCGCCCCGACAGCCCCGUGUCAGCGGCACCGCGGGCGCGGGAUCCUCGGAAGCGGGCGCGGGGUUGGCGGGACGGUCCCGCGCCCCGGUGGAGGGAAGCGGGCGGGCGGGCAUCCCGCGGGCUGGCUCUGGCUCCGGCUCCGCGCAGCCCCGCGGGACGGCACCGAGCGGGGAGCGGAGCGGAGGCGCCGUCCGGGCCGGGGCUGACGCGGCGGCAUGGAGCAGUGCGGCCGCCGGGCUUUCGGCAGCAUCUGCCCCAACCGGGCGGCGGGCCCGCCCGCACGCGGAGCCAAGAAGCCGGCGCGGACCGGCGGGGCGGCUGCGGGGACAACUCAAGAGGGGCUGAGCCCCCGCGGCCCCGCCGGCCCCGGCCCGACCCUCUCCCACCGCCGUCUCUCGCCGCCUCGGGCUCACGCCGCCCGCGACUGGCAGGAGCUGGCAGCCCGCGGCCCCGUCCUCUCCGCCGCCCCGGUCGGCCCCGCCGCCCCGUCGCAGGGCCAGUGCCUGCAGGAUGAACCGGAGUUCGAUUUCCAGGAUCUCAGAGAUACCGUCGAUGAUUUUAUAUCUGAUGCCUCCACCUGGGUGCCCCCGCUGCCGGACUGCGCUGACUUCGACUUCUCCCUCGUCGAGGACGUGGCCUUUGACACCCCUGCGGUGUGCCCGCAGCCCCUGGGGACCCUGCAGACGUGCUGGCGGGACGCGGCCGAGCGUCACCGGCAGGCACUUGGGGAUGCUCUGGAGGAAAACAGCCAGCUGCAAGAGGCUCUGGCGCAGAAGCAGGAGGAGCUGGCAACGCAACGAGAGAGCAACGUGCAGCUGAAGGAGCUGGCGAGCCAGGCCCGGCAGCUGGCCGCAGUGCUCGACAAGCUGAUGGUCCCGCAGCGCCCCGACGGCGACGCUCUUCCUCCUCCCGCUCCUCCUCCUCCUCCCGCCGAGAGCUGCGGGAGCGCGGAGGCGGCGGGCGUGGGGGGCAUGCUGCGCGCUGUGUCGGCUCAGUGCCGCGCUGCUCUGCGCAGCCUGGCGGGCAGCCCCGCCGCCAAGAGACCGCGCCUGCACGGCGCCUUCCGCGGGCUGCGCACACAGCGCGAUGCCGUCCCGCGGAGCCCCGGCGGCGCGGAGCUGGAAGGCGGCGGCAGCCUGCGGGCGGCAUUCGGAGAGCAGGGCGGCAUCCGCACGUUGGCCUUCCAGCAGGGCAACGCCUACACCCUGCGAACCGCCCGCGGCGGGUACCGCUUCCGAUGGGUGCCGCGCUGAGAGCGGGGCGGCAGAGCGGAGCGCUGUGCGCGCUCGUGGCCGAGCAGCGGGUCGAACGAAGGUGCUUUGGCGCCGGGAUUUGGGGAGGGCUGCGUCGGCACGGCUCGUAACUCGCCGUCAGUAAGCGGCAUAAUGGGUGCGCUGCCGCUGUAUGGCGAAAAUCUGCCCUGCUCGUGCCGUGGGACGCAGAAACAACUCUGGAAAACGGCAGCUGAAAACUACAGCUGUGACGGGAGCGGCGGCUGCAGACGGCCCGUGCCACGACGAGCGUGUCCUCUGGUGUGUUUGGAUCUGCCUGCCCGCCGCAUCUUUAAAUACACUGUGUUUACAAACUGCAGUUUCUCAUUCAUGUCUGCAGCUGUCCAUGUGUGUUUGCACUCCGUGUGUGACUAUUAAACAGUGCCUAAAAUUGCCGUUGGUUUGUACUGAUAUAACAUUGCAGUUUUGCAUUGCACGUGCAUGUUUGCUUUCAUCACAGAAAAUCCAGCGGCAAGCUGUGCUUCCCCGUGGAGCUCCUUUGCUCCCUGUGCCC